AUAUCAAGGGAAUAUAUGAAAGGAUCAUAUGGAGAUAUAUCUACUCCUUUGGAAAAAAAUGUAAAUGAACAUGUAAAUAAAAAUAUACAUAUAAUAAAUGAUAAACAUGAAAGGAUAUGUACCAAAAAUAACAACCCGAAUCUACCUAUUUGUCAGCCCAUUAAUGAUCAGGAUGGGAAUAAAAAAAAAAAUAUAGUUAAAUUUAAAAGUGUAGAGAAUAGAACUCCUCAUACAUAUUUACUAUUUAAAAAUGAUGAGAACAAAGCAUAUUUAGAAAUGGUAAAGAGUGUUAAUUAUAUGAAUAAAAAGGAAGGAGCACAACAUAAUAUUACAAACAAGAUAGAUGUUGAGAAUAGCUCUUCUGUUCAUGUGCCACCUCAUAAUAUAGGAUACAAAAAAGUAGAUUAUAAUGAAGGAGAAAAUGUUAAAGUAUCAUCACAAAAACAAAUAAAUAAUAAUAAUAAAAAAAAUAAAAAUAAUUAUAAUAAUAAUAAUAAUAAUAAUAAUAAAAAUAAUUAUAAUAAUAAUAAUAAUUAUUAUAAUAAUAAUUAUAAUAAUAAUAAUAAUUAUAAUAAUAAUUAUAAUAAUAAUUAUUAUGAUUAUCCUAGCUUAUAUAUUGGCAAUCCAAUUCAUUCUUUAAAUCAGUCUAAAGGGGUUCAGAAAAAAAAUGAUGAUACAUAUAAGAACAAAAUAACGUCAGCUUGUGAAAAUGAGGAAAAUAAAAAGUCCUCAUGUUUAAUAAAUAAUAAAACAUUAUAUUUUAUAUAUCCAGAAAAAAACAGGUCGUCAUGUUAUGGAAAGCCGUAUGAUUAUAUUAAUCAUAUAAAAUGUGAGGGGGCAAAUAAAAAUAAAAGUAAAAAUAAUGAUAUUAAAAGGUAUAUUAAUUUUACAUAUUUAACAAAAGAACAGGAUAAUACGAACAAGUGUGUUGAGAAAAAUAGAAUGGAUGAUAUAUAUAGAAAUGAUGACAGGAAAUAUAUGAAGUCUUUACAUUUUUAUAAUAAAUAUUUAAAUACUACACGUGGCACAUAUGUUGCACCUCCCUAUUAUUAUAAUAACAUGAAAAGUAAUAAUAAAACACAGUGUUUUGAAAAAAAGAAUAAAGAGAUAGAAGUCGGAAGGGAAGAUAAUAAAAAGAAUACUAAUUCUAUA